AUGGUGCGUUACCCAAUUACGUCGAACCUUAGCUCCCGUGGAACCGAUAAAUACGCCCAUGCCCUCUUGGAACAACGCCGCAUGUCCGAGCCAGCCAUGUAUGGCAGCGCAAUAGGCGGUUAUUCCACGAGUUCUUCAGCCGAUCUAGCCUCUGGGCGAUAUCAACAGCUCCAGCACCACUACACGUCGUCACAAUCAUCCCCCAGAUUGUAUGGGAGCUACGCCUCGUCUCUUCAACGUACGCUAAGCUCAGGGUCUGUGCGUGAUCCACUCUCGGGAUCGUCGUGGAACAACAAAGAUCAACUUUCAUUACACUGUUACGACGGUGUCGACCUGGAAGAACCCAUAUCACCUCUUAACCCUAAUUUCUCGGGUGGCGAGGGCUCCCCAACAAUGGGUAUGCCCUACGGCAGCCUUUCCGAGGAAUAUGGUCCAUCACCGCCUGGUACGGGCACUUCCACAUCGUCCAACGGCGCCAGGCGGUUCGUUGACGCUUCAGGCUCGAGUUCUGACGGUAAACAAUACUCAUUCGUGGCAUUGCCUGGAAACGCAGUCAAGAAGCGUCCAAGGCGGCGUUACGACGAGAUUGAAAGACUUUAUCAAUGUUCAUGGCCUUCAUGCACCAAGGCAUACGGCACUCUAAACCACUUAAAUGCCCACGUCACGAUGCAGAAACAUGGUGUCAAGCGUAGUCCAAACGAAUUUAAAGAGCUUCGUAAACAAUGGCGGAAGUCCAAAAAGGAGGAAGCUGAUGCUCGUGCUGCUGCGUCAGCAGUGAUGGGGAGGUCGGCUCAUCAUGCUUAUCUCUCGCGCGGUAUGCAUGACUCGUACGCCGACGUGGAUUACCAACUUCGCUCGCAUCCGCAGCAAGGUUCCCAUGUUGAUCGGUUUACUCCAACCGCCUCUCCGGAGGAGAUGCAUGAUAUUGACAUGCAAGACGUUUACGAACGCCGGCAACAGCGUUUCAGUGGCCUCUUCCCUUCCACUUCCCGCACUAGCAGUCCUACAUACACCGCCACCCAUUCAUCAAAUAUGCCCUCAUCGCACACAGCCAUGGCCCGCCUCCCUACCAACAGCACGCUUUUGACACCUCUCCCAGGAUAUGAGCAUGCGGGAGCCACCACAGACCUUAAUACGUAUGCUUCGUAUGGUGUAUACCCGGACAACCGUCCUGGUUCUGGGCAUGGGAGCAUUGGAAGCUACGAUGAAACGCGACGGAGUGGAUGA